AAGAGAGAGGAACUAUUAAACAAAGCACAAACGAUUUCCUGGGAAAGGGUACUUAACUACUUAGGGAGGAAGCUAAAACAAAUUCAAAGUCAAUAGUCUUCGCCUUCCUUUGUUCUUUUCCACUGUUCCCUCUGAUCCUCUAUGCCAUUAUCACUCCCUUUCCUUUUCUGCAUUUUUGUUUGACCAAGCUUUGACUUUUUGAUCACCAAGUGUUUGUUCUGUGUGCUCUUCCAAAGGAUCAAAGAAGAAACAAAGCAACAAUGGAUCAGGGGAAGAAAUCGGCUUCAUUGACCACUACACGUUUGUCACCACUUGCAAAACCCUUCACUCUCAACCGCUCCACCAACCACCAACCUGGUUCAGCUUCUUCAUCCGUGCUUCACUGUAACGAUGAUCCUUUUAGCUCUUUGCUUGAUUCUUUCAGGAAAAGCAACAUGGGUUCUAAAGUAGCAACUGUGCCUUCAAAAACAACAGCUUUACCUGUUGAAAUUUCCACUCAGGAGCAGGAAAAAUCACUUUUUGAGCAGUACCCUUCUCAGGAAUUUGGAAAAGAUGAUGACUUUGAUGGGAUUCGCUGGUCACACUUUAGAAUUCUGGAAGAGUUUCCAAUGCCUAGUUACUCAUCAAGCUUGACUGGUUUAGGAUAUGGUACUGGUAUCAGUGGUAAUGAAGUUGGUAGUUCAGUUGAUGAUGGGAUCAGGCUUCAAAAAGGUAAGCAUGCUCUUGAUGGGUCAAACACUUGUAUAGCAGUGUCUGAUGGUCUUCAUAAAAAAAGCAAUACAAUUGGGGAAAAAGAUAUUCUAUCAAAUUCAAAAAGCACCAUAGAUCAAGCUAGCUCUAAUCUUAAUUACCCUAAGUUAGCGCCACUCAAGUUAUCAACUGAUACAUACUCUGCUAAAAACAUUCUGCAAGAUCAAUCUUCCAAUAACUUAGAAGUUGACAGUGAAUCUGAGGUGGAUUCUCCUUGUUGGCAGGGAACAACCGCUUUUAGUGCAGCGCCAUUAGAAACUUCAGAGCCUAUACAGUCUCAUCAUGUUGAGAAAGGAACAGAAAAACAUAAUAGUUUAAAUCCUCUGGCUCCUCAGUUCUUUCCUGGUGUUGGAUACAUCAAAGAUGAUUUUCUGUCUUCCAAAUCUAGUGCAUGCCCUGUAGCUAAUAAUUUAGAUUAUAUGGAAACUGUGUUGGUGGAAUCCCCGUUGGAAUUAAAUAAGGGAACUGAGCUUCGGCAUUAUACUAACGUCAGUGGAAGAGAGAACACAUUUAAUGUCCUUAAUGAUCCAAAAAAUAAUUAUAUGAAUCCUGUUAAAAAUUCUCACUCUAUAAUGACUCAAUCUUCUUCCAUAGUAGAUUGCUCAACACUGAAAGGAAAACUUGUAACUGCUGUAGAUGUUGAUGGCUUUGUGAAUGGAACUAAUGGGGUUUUCCAUGGAAAUGGUCAUCCUCCAAUUCCAACUUCAUCCUCAUCUGGAGUUGAUUUUGAUACUGAUCUUCUUAAAACACUCAAGGGUCUUUUGAAGUUAUUUAUCGAGUCUCCCAGACCCGAUGUUCAUAUAAUGGUCAAUGCUAUGCAUGUUCUUUCAGAAUUGCUUGUCCAAACUUCUGUAGACCUAGCAAAUUCAUAUAGUGAACCUGAUCCUGAUACUGUUGUACAAAUAAUCAAUAAUCUGAACAUGCUUAGCACAAAAAGAUUUGAACAAGGGACCCAUGAUUUAACAUUGGCAGACAGUCCAUAUCAUCUUGACAGGUCAUCAAAAUAUUCUAAGGGUCUUGAAUUGACAAGUGUAGAGACCCUACCCACGCUGAAUCAACCUUAUGUGCAGAAUGAUCACCUGGGAAAGAAAAUCAGUGUUUCUAAAGUGUUUGCUGAGAGUGGACGGAUUUCUUUUGCAUCUAGCAAUCAUCAAGGCACUGAAAAUGAAUUUGCUGAGCUUCAGGUCAUUCGAAGAAGUCUUGGGAAGAGUUUGGAUUAUGAGAAACAAAUGCAUCCAGAGGCUAUGUUGUUUUGGAAUUUGUGGCUUGAUUCUGAAGCAGAACGGUGUUAUAGGAAAUUCAAAACGUUCCGUUGCCUUAUGGAAUCUGGCAUGGAUUUGAAUUCAGCGAACAUUGCGGAACUGUUGAGGUGAUACUGCUUUGUAGAUUUGAGAGGCACAGAACUGAGGCUGUAAUUAUAUUGGUGAAAUCAUAUAAAGAGGGAAAAAAACGGAAUCUAUAAUUUGGUAACAAAGUUGACAUGUUAUUAUAUGUCAAGAGUUGUAAGUUUUACAUGCCACUUAAUGCUCUGUGGCAUCACGGUAAUACUAAUAAAGUGUCUUGUUACAUUCAAACACUUGUAAUUUUUGUCAAUAAUAUGAUCUUUAUUUGUAUUUAGAUAUAAUCAGGACAAGAUGCUAUUUCAUGAUGGCUUUA